GCCAUUGAGAAGCUGGUGGCUCUUCUUAAUACGCUGGAUAGGUGGAUUGAUGAAACCCCGCCGGUAGACCAGCCUUCCCGGUUUGGGAACAAGGCCUAUAGGACCUGGUAUGCCAAACUUGAUCAGGAAGCAGAGAAUUUGGUGGCCACAGUGGUCCCCACCCACCUGGCGGCUGCUGUACCUGAAGUGGCGGUUUACUUGAAGGAGGCUGUUGGGAACUCCACACGCAUUGACUAUGGCACAGGGCAUGAGGCUGCCUUUGCUGCUUUCCUCUGUUGUCUCUGCAAGAUCGGGGUGCUCCGGGUAGAUGACCAGGUGGCGAUUGUCUUCAAGGUGUUUGAUAGGUACCUUGAGGUCAUGCGGAAGUUGCAGAAGACGUACAGAAUGGAACCUGCGGGCAGCCAGGGCGUGUGGGGUCUGGAUGACUUCCAGUUCCUGCCCUUCAUCUGGGGCAGCUCACAGCUCAUAGACCACCCCCACCUGGAGCCCAGACACUUUGUGGAUGAGAAGGCAGUGAGUGAGAACCACAAGGACUACAUGUUCCUUCAGUGCAUCCUGUUCAUCACUGAGAUGAAGACCGGCCCCUUUGCAGAGCACUCCAACCAGCUGUGGAACAUCAGUGCUGUCCCCUCUUGGUCUAAAGUGAACCAGGGCCUCAUCCGCAUGUAUAAGGCUGAGUGCCUGGAGAAGUUCCCCGUGAUCCAGCACUUCAAGUUCGGGAGCCUGCUGCCCAUCCAUCCAGUCACAUCAGGCUAAGAGAGGCUGAGCCACCAGAGCCACCCUGGCCAGGUUCCUGUGCCCUCUGACCCGGCACCCCUCCCACCCUCCUUCUGUUCUUUCUGUUUGAUGAGAGGCUGUUUACUGAGAUGGGUGCUGAGCAGGGCCUGAGUUGAGUAUUGACCAAAGUGUGGCCAGUUUUUGACUGUCCGUCUGGUGGGCAGACAAGAAGAGGGGGUGGGACCUGGUCCCAGGGCCCCUGCCCACCUCUGUCCUCCCUGCUUCCUCUCUCUCCUGCCUAGGCCUGUGUGGAGACAAGGGCAUCCUGCUCUUCCCAUUGCUUUCCCUUUCCCAUGAUGUGACUCCUCCUUCAGAGAGGCAACGGACGCUGCCCCUCCAGGGCUAGCUGGUCAGCUUCCCACCUGCUUGAGCUGUGUUCCACUGGUGUCUGCCUUGGGGCUGGAGGGUGAGGCUAUCAGCAGCUGUGGGGAGGGAUGGGAUGGGGGGUAAUGGUUGGUAGAGGGGCUAUGGAUGAUGAGGUUGGCCUUCUUGAGGCCCCAAGGGUAGCUGUGCCCAUCCUCAUUCUGGCUUUUGUUCCCUGGCCCUUGGAUUUGCCAGGUUUCCUGACUAUUAUCGUAAAGUUCCCCAUGCUGGGAUAGCCUCAUUAUGGAAGCUGCCCUGGGCCCCUGGGAAGCCUGUGGAUUGGGUGAAGCCGAUCUUUCCAGAAUUGUCUCUUGCAGGGAGAGAAUGGUAGAGGCACUGGGGCUAUUGUGUUUUUGGAGAGCCUGGUUUCCUCCAGUUAGUCUUAGGCCUGACCAGUUCUGCUACCUCACCCCCUGCUUUGAGUGGCUUUUAGCUUCACCUGAGGCCCUUGCUUCUUGCUCUGCUCCCUUGGUAGGUUUGUGGCUGGUGUGAGAUGGCAGGGAAGGCAGCAGCCCUCUUUCUCCCUCUCCCCUCUUAGGGGCUGAGGUAAGCAGUGCCCUGCACCAGGGCACAGACUCAGAACAGGUAGAACUGCUGAGGGGAACCUAGCCACAGUCAGCAGUUUUCUCCCAAUGCUAUGGCUGAGCUGGUACCUGCAGGCUUUCCUGCCACACUCAUCCUGUCCUGCACUACCCAUCCUGUGUGUGUGUCCACAAAGCCUUUGGGGGUUGGACACUGAGAAGCACAACCCAAAGGCUUCGCUUAGCGAUGAUCUGGACAGAGCUGGGACUCAAGUCAUCAGUGUCACAGGCAGUUUCCAGGGGAAAGGCCAUCCUUUCCUUCCAGGGCCAGGCCAUCGCCUUCCUGGCUCCCUCCCCUAGUCCUGCACCUUCCUUGCUAUUUGGAUUAAAGCCUCUUGUUUUACACCUGUC